AUGGCUUCUCCGCCCAGAGGCAGCGGCCAGUCGGCGGCGGACGCGGAGGGCCUGGCGCGGGGGGCCGGGCCGGGCGCGGGGGGCGCCGACGGGGGCGCGGAGGAGCGGCGCGUCAAGGUCUCCAGCCUGCCCUUCAGCGUGGAGGCGCUCAUGUCGGACAAGAAGCCCAAGGAGGCCGCCCCGCCGCCGGCCGACUGCGCCGGGGCCCCGCUCCGGCCGCUCCUGCUGCCCGCGCCCGGCGCCCGCGAGGCGCACAGCCCCGGGGCCGCGUCCAAGCCCUUCGAGACGGCCUCGGUCAAGUCGGAGAGCUCCGAGGACGGGGCGGCGUGGCUGCAGGACUCCGGCCGGUACUCGCCGCCGCCCAGACACCUGAGCCCCACCACCUGUACCCUGAGGAAGCACAAGACCAACCGCAAGCCCCGCACCCCAUUCACCACGUCGCAACUCCUGGCGUUGGAGCGCAAGUUCCGCCAGAAGCAGUAUCUGUCCAUAGCCGAGCGCGCCGAGUUCUCCAGCUCCUUGAACCUCACAGAGACCCAAGUAAAAAUCUGGUUCCAGAACCGCCGGGCCAAGGCCAAGAGACUACAGGAGGCCGAACUGGAGAAGCUGAAAAUGGCAGCGAAACCCAUGCUACCAUCCGGGUUCAGCCUCCCCUUCCCCAUCAACCCACCUCUGCAAGCUUCGCUCUAUGGCGCGUCCUACCCUUUCCAUAGACCUGUGCUGCCCAUCCCGCCCGUCGGACUCUACACCACCCCCGUGGGCUAUGGCAUGUACCAUCUCUCCUAAGGAAGACACCCCCAGCUGCAGCCCAGAUUCCUGAAUGGAUGUUGGUGCAAAGGGGGCUCCUGCUGCAAGCUAGGACCUGCCCCGGACUCACUCGCGGGGAUCAUGCGUGCGUGCUUGCUUGCGUGCGUGCUCAUGCACCACCCCAGCAAGAACCCGGUCAUGCAGUAGUAGCUCAAAAACAAAAAACAAAAGCAGUUCUUUUUAGGCGACAGGCAUCCAAGCCCUGCUUUCUUGGUGUCAACUUUAAAGUGCCUCCCUCUUCCACAAAGAUUGGCUCCAAUGGUGUGUGUGUAUGUAUGUGUGUGUGUUGUGUACAUAUAUGUAUAUAUACAUAUAUAUAACAGAGUACUUUUUUAUACAGUUGACAUCAAUGCUCAAAUUCUUUGGACAGGAAACACACACA